CUUUAAAAAUCUUAGUUACACCCAAGAUUCCAUUCCUCUGUGAUUACUCACCUAGACCACAGACAUGUAGGGCCUGUCUAAAAGAGACAUAACAUCAAGUGUGGCCCCACCAGUGACUCAUCCCUUUAAUAUAGUGAAACUAUAGAGGGAAGAACAGGGAGGAUGUAUUGGUUGCUAGGGAAAUCUAGCUUACCUGUGGAAAAUGACAUCCUGUAUUAAUAAGAUCUAAGGUACGACUCACAUAAUUAUCCUAAUUUUAAGAUUGAUGGAAAUGAUGAAGCAUUUCUUUACAUCGGGGACAGGUCAUAAAAAAAUGUCUAAAUGUACAGGACUGCAUAUGGUUUUAGAAUGUGACUUUAUAAAGAAGGUGGGGAUCCCAACUCCCUUUCAUGUCUCUAUAUAUAUGUCCAAGUGUGUGUGUUUUAGUGCUCUGGGAAGUGUCUUGACAAAGAACCUGAGUAGGACAAAGCAGCCUGGAUCUGAGUGAGCUAACUGGCACCAUGAAAAUAUCAGGUGUCUUUCUGCUCCUCUCUCUGGCUCUUUUCUGCUUUUUCUCAGGUGUCUUCAGUCAAGGAGAAAAGGACAAAAGAGCCUGGAUCACAAGAUCAGAGGGUCGAAUGCCAGGGAAAGGUGGCUUGAGAAGGCGUCUCUUUAAAGUUGACUGUGCUGAGUUCGGGGAUCCCAAAGUCUACUGCACUCGGGAAUCUAAUCCCCACUGUGGCUCUGAUGGCCAGACAUAUGGCAAUAAAUGUUCCUUCUGUAAGGCGGUGGCGAAAAGUGGUGGGAAGAUCAACCUAAAGCACUAUGGAACAUGCUGAAUUGGAACCAGUGUUUUGUGCUGAGCUGCCGGCUCUCUCGGCUUUCUUUUCUUGGUUCUGCUUUGAUUUUUCUCUAGCAGAAAGCUUCAAUUUAUAGAAACACACCUUCUUCUCUGCCUGGGUCUUGGGGAAUUCAAUAUAUAAUAUUUUCCUUGAUUUGCUUAACAAUAAAAUAAAUUCUGCA